AUGACGUUCCCAGCACUCAGUCGCCGUGUGGCGACGCCAAUCAACCGAUGCAAGCGAAGAUCGCACCGCCGCAACAUCUACAGCAACUGCAACACGCCUGAAGUAUCUACACCGCAAAAAUGCGCGCGCAGCGAGUCUCUGCGGUCCACGUGGAUGACCAACGGCAGUGACUCCAUGGAGGAGGACCAAGACCUCAACCAGGAGGCUGAC